AUGUCCUUCCUCUCCCUGCCUCCUGAGAUCCGCCUACUGAUCUACCCCCACCUGCUCAACCCCAGUACCUACGCAGCAAGCUACGACCGCAUCAACCGGCUAGCGACACAAGCGUAUGACGAGGCGAACAGCAAGCAUUCUCCCCAGAGGAUCCCCUGCGCAACGCUUCCGCGCUUCCACGUCACGCGCGCCACACCGGCAAUCCUCCUCGUGAAUCGGCAAAUCACUCGCGAGGCUCUACCAAUUCUAUACAGCACGGAGCUCGUCUUGCAAGGCACGCCAUCGACAUACUUUGUGUUUCGGCAGAUGGACAUUGCAGAGUUUAUUUGUGAGACGCUGUUGCAGAAGAUGAGGUUUGUAGUCCUCGAACUCGCGAGCCCGAAUAAGUUGUUUGUGCUUGCGCUCGUGGAUAUUUGGGGGAGGGGAAAUGAGUUGGAGAGGUUGGUUGUGUGUCUUCCGAAGGAUACCAUGGCCGAGUGGAAUUGGAGGAUUGUCAAGGAGAGGCUGCGGACAUUCGCAGAGGUAGAGGGUAUUCCGCUUGAGAUGCGCACUCUCCAGCAGCCAAAAAGUGCAGAAGGACAAUCUUCUGAUGGCCAGUCGGCUCACUCUUCUAUCGACAUUCCCCGUCGAAGAUCGAAUGGAAUCACGGCUUCAAUACUUCCCUCACCCCAUUCGCAAACAACAAAUGCGCAUAGCAAACGUGCAUCGCGGUCAUCGGUCUCGAAUACACCUUCCCGCCCGUAAGGGGGUUACUCCGCACAUGCGAAUAGACAAUUGUAAUGUGCUCCUCGCCAUCAUCAUUCGCCGUAGGAUCAUCCCUGGAUACCUCGAAGCGAUGCGACGCCGCGAGGCUCCGACCGCUGGUGCGGCCUGCGUACUCGACAAAACUACGGGCCGGUCGGGGGAUCUUCAUCGAGCCGGGGAAGACUGAUUCUCGAUCCUCGGGGCUGCAAAUGCUUGUGUCGACGAGGUAGUAGAGCCCGAAUAAGCAGGCGCCUAGGGGCGGGAGACGGUCGCGGGACAUAGCGGUUGGGUUGUCGAUCUUGUAUGCCUCGAGAAGGAGAUGGGCCUGGGGCUUGAGGACUCUCGCACUUGCAAUUACUACUCACCUUAACAUCAUUCUUUUCUUCCCAUUGUAUAAGAGACAUACCCUCAUGAUCAAUGAUCCCCUGCACAAAUGGCGCAAUCCACCUCUCGGGCGCAAACACAACCCCCGCAAAAUACCCUUUCGAAAACCUCGCGAGAAUCUCCUCGUCAUUAAGCCCAGGCUUCAAAUCGCGGAGCGGAAUUCGUAAUGUGUAGCUUUCCUCCUGCGUCGGGUUCCCCGCUGGGUCGAUGACGUGCAUGGCGAAG